UUUCCCACAAUGCACUGCGAAGCAACAUGGCCGGGUCUGCGAUAGGCGUGUUAUCCAAACGGGGAUGAAUGUGCUGUUUCUGAGCAAUAUCAGCUGACGUCCCUUAAAGUCACAACAUAUCCAGCCUGAGGAGCCACAGAGAGAACCUCCCUGUGACAGCUGACCUGAACCAGGAGAACCUCCCUGUGACAGCUGACCUGAACCAGGAGAACCUCCCUGUGACAGCUGACCUGAGCCAAGAUGGCAGCAAUUGUCGCAAAGCGCGAAGGACCACAUUUCAUCAGUGAAGUGGCUGUGAGGGGAAACGCCGCCGUGCUGGACUACUGCCGCACCUCUGUGUCCGCUCUGUCCGGAGCAACAGCUGGCAUCCUCGGGCUGACUGGACUGUAUGGCUUCAUCUUUUAUUUACUCUCUGCUUUCCUCCUCUCCCUGCUACUCAUUCUGAAGGCCGGACGGCGGUGGAACAAAUGUUUUAAAUCGCGGCGGCUGCUCUUCACCGGGGGCCUUGUCGGAGGUCUCUUCACUUACGUCCUGUUCUGGACUUUCCUCUACGGAAUGGUGCAUGUGUACUAGAAUGAUCUAUUACAAAUAACCUUGAAUUAACGCUAUUGUCUGCCCUGCUGUUUUGUAGAUAAGCCAUUAGUAAAAGACUUCUUCCAUUUUGAACUGUUUAAACAGAGGAUGUGUCAAUAAUUAUAGUAUGCAGAAUAAACCCUUCUUUUCUUUCAAGCUCAACACUUAGCAGUGACUAUGACUUUAUUCAACCUGUAACUCCUGCUCUGUGCUCAUCUGUGCUAUCCAUACCAGGAUAAGAGCCAGAGUUAUGAUAAUGUAGACUGUAAUAGAUCAAACCAGAUUACAUCCAAGGUGUAAGCACUUUUCAUUACAUUUCAUGUACAAUAUCAUAGUUAAAUUAUAACAAAUCUGAUUCCUGAUUAAAAUAAAUACCUCUCUACAACUUGUUUUUAUAC